AUGGCACGUCAGCAGGAAGUUGAUGAACUUUUUGAUGUUAAGAAUGCUUUCUAUGUUGGAAAUUAUCAACAAGCCAUCAAUGAGGCUCAAAAUGUGAACCCUUCGUCACCUUUGAUAGCUUUACAGCGUGAUGCAUUUCUUUACCGCUCUUAUAUUGCACAAGGAAACUUCAGGAUUGUGCUACAGGAGCUGAAGACAGCUGAUCCAAUGCUGCAGCCACUUAAGACUUUAGUGGAUUAUUUGUCGCCGAGAGCUAAUAAACCAGCUAUUGUUGCGGAUAUAGAUGGUCGGGUUGCUAAAGGUACAGAACUGGCCAAUGAUGUAUUUAUAAUUGUAGCUGCAACUAUUUACUAUCAUGAAGACAAUUAUGAAGCCGCACUUAAAAUUUUACAUGGAGCAGAUUCCCUGGAGCUUCGAGCAUUUACUCUGCAAUGUUUACUUGCUAUGAAUCGUCCUGAUCUAGCUCGGAAGCAGCUGAAACUCAUACAAGAUAUUGAAGAUGAUGGAACCUUGACCCAGUUGGCUCAGGCUUGGCUUAAUUUGUCACAGGGUGGUCCCGGCGUACAAGAUGCGCACUACAGUAUAAUGGAACUAUCUGAACGUCUUGGUGCUUUGGGAGCUGGACCCUCCGCAGUGGGCGCUGCAGCUGCGGCUUCAAGAGGAAUGUGGGAGGAAGCAGAGCAAAUGUUAACAGAGGCUCAGACGCGGGCUCCUCAACAGCCAGAAUUACUAUUGGGACUGGCCGUCACUGCUGCUCAUAGUUCCAAACCACCUGAGGUGUCUGCACGUUACUUAGCACAGUUAAUUGACUCUUACCCAGAACAUCCAUACACUCGUGAAUAUCUUACAAAGCAAAAUGAACUGAAGCGCCUUGCAGCCCAGUAUCAGCCUUCAGUCGCCAGUUAG